UUUAGAGUCUACAUAAAAUUGUCACAAAUUAAUGAAUAAAUACACUAUACUUGCAGAGAUAAAAGAACGAGCAAGCAAUCAUAACCAUAGGUACAAUAUAGGUACGAUAUCUAACGAAAUGGCACAUGGCUCCAUCUACGGGUAGAUGGAGCGAAAAAUAAACUGUCCGUUUGCUUUUCUGAUUUCUACAGUAUAAUAUUUUUCGUUUCUUAAUUCCAGACGCCGUUCGUCCGUCAGAACACUCCUCACCCCCGAGAAUUGAAGGCUAAAGCCCACAAACUGUUCGGCAAAGGUCAGAAUUCAAUGGAAGAGAGCAGCGAAGUACAUUCGAAUGACACCAGCGCCAUCUCUGCGCCGACCCAGCAACCGUCCGUAGAAGCUGUCAAUCAAAACGUCAAACAAGCUAGUCUGCCACAGGUUAUAGAACCUGAACCUGAGGCUGAAGUAGUGGGAAAUGGUAAUAUUGAAGAAAAUAGUGAAUACAGCCAGGAAGAUUAUGACACCGAUGAUGUAAGUCCGAUAUUUCUACCUUAUUAUUUUGCAUACUGUGAAUUUUUUCAGGACAGGUAUUUUUGA